GUACCUUAACAUAAUAUAUCCAUACACUCUUCUUUGAAAUCCUUUGUUUCUUCCUUUCCCAAGUUUUCAUUCUCCUCAUCUCCUCAAACAAUUGGCAUUGUCUUCUUUCAUCUAAGGUUUGAAAGUGUAUAUAUAUAUACACAUAUAUAUAAAGAUAUAAGAUGGCAACAAGGGUGAGGGAGAGUGGAUUGAGGGGAAAGGAGAAGAAAGGAAGUCAAGCUGAUAACACCAUGCCACAACAACACAAAAGAAUCACAGCAACCACCACGACCACCACCUCGAGAUUAAUGUCGUCUUCUUCUUCUUCAAUUGCUAGUUCUGUCCCAAACUAUCUCCGCCCCACCACCGCCUCCUCGGCCGUGCAGGCGGCCGGAGACAAGCCAUCGUCGGCCAGAAGAAAGUCCUUGGAUAGGCCACUAUCCCAUCUCGACACCCACCGGAAUCUCGCUGGAGACAAGCCAUCGCCGGCCAGAAGAAAGUCCUUAGACAGACCAAUCCAACCACUACAUUCCCCACUUUCUUCCCCUUCUUCUUCUUGUUCUUCUACCUCCUCUCUACCAUAUAAGCCCACAUUUUCCAGAACAAAAUCCAGUUUGGACAGGCCAAAAUCAUCCACAGCAAUGUCAAGAACUUCUGAGGCUAAUGAUAAGAGGGGCAAAAUUAUGACAAGAUCCAUUUCUUCAGUCUCCAAAUCUUCUUCCAUUGCCCAUAAUCAUCAUUUGAAGACUACUCCCAAUAAGACACAGAAAAGCAGUACCAGAAAACAACCUGGUAAUACCACAUUGUCUUCAAAGCCAAUCAAGAAGAAGCCAGUAGAGACAAUCCUAACCACAAAUCAUCCCCACGAACCAUCUGUUCCAAUUCCACAAUCUGCAGAUCAUCAUAAAACAGAGGCUUCUGCUACUCCCAAUUCCAAUCAAACCGAAAUCAACAACAACAAUAACAGCAAAAUAGUACAAGAAAAGGAAAACAUUAUUGUUGUGGUUUCAUCAGAUCACGAGGAAUUUGAGGAUCUCAAGUCCAUUGAAGAUUGCUCCUCGUUAUCAUCAGUCCUAGAAGAUCCCCCCAUUGAUCCUGUGGACACCAUUACAGAGGAAGGAGAUGCAGAGGCCAUCUCAGUGCCCGAAAACCUCCAAGAAUGCGGCCAAACACAAAGUGCAGACACAAUGCCACACACAACACCCGAAGAUCCAAAGGUGGAAGAUAAAGCCGGCGGGGAAAUCAACAAUCUAAAGGAAACAACACCUGCAGACCCAAAGCCUGCAGAUGAAAUUUCUGUGGAAGAAAAGGGAGAUGAGACUAUCCACAGCAGUGAUAAUAACUGCAGUGAAAACAAGGCAGAAAACCAAGAAGAAGGGGAAGAAGAGGAAAGGGAGAAAGAGAAAGAGAAAGACAAGAAAGCAGACAACCAACAUCAUCAUCAGGAAGUAGCUGAAGAAGAAGUUAAGGAAAUGACUGAUGAUCAGAGCAACAACAAUAACAACAACAACAACAACAACGUUGGUCAGGUGCCAGAGGCGAAUAAACCGGCAUUGAAGAGAAACGAGAGUGUGGUGUCUAAUGAUGUGAUUGAGGAGACUGCAAGCAAGCUUCGAGAACAAAGGAAGAAUAAGGUGAAAGCACUUGCUGGGGCUUUUGAAACAGUCAUAUCUUUGCAAGACAAGUGAUCAUAUAUGAUCUGAUGAUUUCUUCUGUUGGGAUAUGAUUAAUUCACUCCAACAAUUUCUAUAUAUAUUAUAUAUGUGUGUAUGCAUACAUAAAUUAAAUUUGGUGGUUAUAUAUAAGCCUACAUAUGUGUGCUAUGGUGCAGUAUCAAAGAAUGAUGAUCUGAUCACACAAUUGUUUUUUGUUUUCUUUAAUUUUCUUCUGUUGCCAAUCUUCCUGUUUCUGUAAUAUAUCAUCAUAACGUGUUUAAUACUUAUAACUAUUCCCAUAA